UGCUUAAAUAGCUGCAAGAAGGCAACAUCAGAAAGACCUUGAGCAAACCCAAAAAAUAAAAAAGCAAUGGCUUCAAAUCAAUCAAGAGAUGUGCUAUUAGAAGAUAACCAUGAUUUCCUGCCUGCAAGCCCAACAUCAGAAUACAUCAACAGCUCUGUUCUCUCCCUCAGCAUUCUCGGUGUCUUUGAAAUCGAGACUCCCAUCGAUGAUUCCCCGACGAUAGAAUUACUCAGGGAACAAUUCCUUCCUAUCAACAACCGUUUCUCGUCAAUACUAAUUCGGGAUGGAAACGGUGCGCAACGGUGGAAGAAGGUCGAUAUCAGGCUCGAAGACCAUGUAAAGGUCCCCCAUUUUCCAACUGGAUUACCUCCUGCUACUUAUGAUGAGUACUUACAAGAGUACUUGUCGAAGAUAGCAUUGGAUCGGCUCCCUGAGAACCGUCCGUUAUGGGAAAUUCACUUAAUCAAGUACCCCACAAGCGAUGCGGCUGGGACAGUGGUGUUUAAGUUGCACCAUGCACUCGGAGAUGGAUUCUCCCUCAUGGGUGCUUUGUUUUCUUGCCUUAAAAGAGCCGACGAUCCAUCUCUUCCUCUAACAUUCCCUACUUAUUCUACUAAGAGUACCACGUCGUCGACAUCACAUCGAAUGUCGGACACUUGCAAGAAAGUGUCCACAAUUGCCGCUGGGUGUUGGUACACUGCUUCUGAUUUUGUCCAGAGUGUCCUACACAGUACGGUGUUGCAAGAUGAUCACACGGCCAUCCGAUCUGGGACACCCUUAGUAGAAUUUGAGCCGGUUACCAUCUCGUCCGUUACCUUCUCUCUCGAUCGUAUACGGGAAAUUAAGUCCAAGAUUUCAGGAACUGUGAACGAUGUAGCGGUUGGGAUCAUAUUCUAUGCAAUCCAGUUGUACCAGCAAAGGAUGGGCCAGAUAUCGCCUGGUCGUCGGAUGACGGCAUUGGUAUUGUUGAACACAAGGAUGGUAAAUGGGUAUCAGUGCGUGGAGGACAUGCUGAAAGAGAAGACGUGGGGAAACCAUUUCACCUUUCUUCAGAUAGCUAUCCCUUCCUCCGACAAUGCUGAGAAAGAAAAUCCCUUAGCAUUCCUUCUCAAAGCGAAGAAAACCAUAAAGAGAAAGAGGCAUUCUCUUGCCGUUUAUCUCAAUGGCAGACUAGUUCAAAUGUUGAGGACCAUACGUGGCCCAGAGGCAGCUUCUCGAUACAUCCAUGCGACCAUGAAGAACACAACUACAGGAAUUUCUUAUUUGGUGGGCCCCAUGGAGAAAAUGGAGAUGGGAGAUCUUCCGGUGAAGAGCUUCUACUUCAGUGUAGUGGGCGUCCCACAGAGUCUGGCUUUAACGAUGGUGAGUUACAUGGGGAACCUGAGGGUGGUGGCAUCAGCAGAGAAAAGGUUCAUAAAUUCGCAACUGCUCAUGUCUUGCAUGAAAGAGGCCUACGAUAAGGUGCACAGAGAGGCUUGUGGCGUAGAUGGGACUGAAUCCCAAUGAUCAAAAGACCCUCCCUCAAGCUUCAUUAUUUCACCGCAAGGAUGGUUAAAAACCAUGGCUCUUUAUAUAUUAUUAAUUCAUUUCAGACUUCUGUUUCCCUAGCAAAUGUUGUAUUUUAAUUUUCUUCAGAAAUUAUUAUUAAGCAACGUAGGGUCAAAAAAUCCAAUGGUUACAUGAUGGAACAUAUGUGAGAUGGUUCAUUGUUCAUGGAUUGCUGCUCCUUAGCUAAGUACAGCUUGAUUAUUUUUCAAUUAAAGAUCCACAUUUGUUAAGUCAUUGCAUUAAUACACGUUUGUUGGUCCA